GACUACAAAUGGCCGCGCGCGGUGGCCGCCGGCCAGUCAGCGGCUUCGAAGAAGGGCGGCCGCGGGCUACGGCGGCCGGCAGGGGGCGGCAGCGGCCGUUGCCCAGGGUGCGGAGGCGGGGUCGGGGGCCUGGAGGACUGUGAGCCCGGCSGGCCACGACUGGUGCGGGCUGAGGCCAUGGGCGACCGAGGCGGCACGGUCAGCUCCCGGCGCCGGAGGACCAGUUCGCGGCCCUCGGGCCAGGGUGGCGGCGGGCCGGUGGGAGCGGAAGAGGAGGUGCGGGACGGGGCUCCGGGCCCCGACGUGGGCGCUGGGGGUGACGCGCCGGCUCCAGCCGCCGCCUCGGACAAGGACGGAGACUCUAACGUGGGCAGUGGACACUGGGAGCUGAGGUGCCAUCGCCUGCAGGAUUCUUUGUUCAGCUCUGACAGUGGCUUCAGCAACUACAGAGGCAUCCUGAAUUGGUGUGUGGUAAUGCUGAUCCUGAGCAAUGCACGAUUAUUUUUAGAGAACCUCAUCAAGUAUGGCAUCUUGGUGGAUCCUAUCCAGGUGGUGUCUCUGUUCUUGAAGGACCCCUACAGCUGGCCUGCCCCAUGUCUGGUUAUUGUGGCCAACGUCUUUGCUGUGGCUGCAUUCCAGGUUGAGAAGCGCCUGGCUGUGGGCACCCUGACRGAACAGGCAGGGUUGCUGCUGCAUGUUGCCAACCUGGCCACCAUCCUUUGCUUCCCAGCAGCAGUGGCCUUACUGGUUGAGUCCAUCACUCCAGUGGGCUCUGUGCUGGCUCUGGCAGCAUACACCAUCCUCUUCCUCAAGCUCUUCUCCUAUCGGGACGUCAACCUGUGGUGCCGCCAGCGUAGAGCCAGGGCUAAGACUGUCUCUGCAGGGAAGAAGGCCAGUGGGGCCUCUGCCCAGCGCACGGUGAGCUACCCGGACAACCUGACCUACCGUGAUCUCUACUAUUUUAUUUUUGCUCCUACCCUGUGUUAUGAACUCAACUUCCCUCGCUCCCCCCGAAUUCGAAAACGCUUUCUGUUGCGGAGGCUCCUUGAAAUGCUGUUCUUUACCCAGCUCCAGGUGGGGCUGAUCCAGCAGUGGAUGGUCCCCACCAUCCAGAAUUCCAUGAAGCCCUUCAAGGAUAUGGACUACUCUCGAAUCAUUGAGCGCCUCCUGAAGCUCGCCGUCCCAAAUCACCUCAUCUGGCUCAUCUUCUUCUACUGGCUCUUCCACUCCUGCCUGAAUGCUGUGGCGGAACUCAUGCAGUUUGGAGACCGGGAGUUCUACCGGGACUGGUGGAACUCUGAGUCUGUCACCUACUUCUGGCAGAACUGGAACAUCCCCGUGCACAAGUGGUGCAACAGGCACUUCUACAAGCCCAUGCUACGCCGGGGUAGCAGUAGGUGGGUGGCCAGGACAGGGGUGUUCCUGGCCUCAGCCUUCUUCCACGAGUACCUCGUAAGCAUCCCSCUGCGAAUGUUCCGCCUCUGGGCGUUUACAGCCAUGAUGGCUCAGAUCCCAUUGGCCUGGAUUGUGGGCCGCUUCUUCCAAGGCAACUAUGGAAACGCAGCUGUGUGGCUGACACUCAUCAUUGGGCAACCAGUKGCGGUGCUCAUGUAUGUCCAUGACUACUACGUGCUCAACUAUGAGGCUCCCACAGCAGGGGCCUGAACUGCCCAGGCUUGACUGCCCACAGCCAGGACAGCCAGCCCUCCCUGCCUGUUCAAGCCUGGGGGGAACCUGGCUGCUGAGCCUUCCUCCUCCUGCCCCAGGAAGUGUCUCUGCCCCUAUGGGGCUCCCUCCUGCUCCCCUUAGGGAUGGCAACAAUUAGAGUCUAGCCCACCUGGCAGGAGCCAGUGCCUUCUUUGGGAGUCUGUGCUGACUUGGGGAAGAGGGUGCCAAUAAAGUGCUGUCUAGAGUGACUCCCCUCAGCCUCCUGGGGGGCUAGUGGGAGGGAUGGUCCAGCACCAAUUCUGUGGGAGCAGGAACUCCAGGGGUUCAAGGCCCGUUUCUGGUCCUCAGGCAACCAGAUGAGGCUCUGGUGCUCUGUGGGGAGUCUCUGGGUCCUGAUGUCCCACUCCAUUCCAGCUGGCAGUCUUUCUCCUUGUGUGCCUACAACCUCCUGGGGUGUUUGGGCAAGGCCACUUAGCUGUAUCAGGAUAGGAGACAGCAACCCAGUUUCAGCUUAAGGUAGUGAGGUUCAGGGGUAACYGGGCAGAUCCACUGCUUAGGAAAACACAGCUAAGGUCACACUUCCUGACCCAGCCCUACCAAGCUGAUCUUAUGUGGGGCUAGGGCUCAGUGCUCCAUAGGCCCCAGUGCACAACUAGCUUGCUUGGUUAAUCAGAGCUCAUCAUGCCCAGCCACAGCCUGGGAAGAAAGUGCUCAGAACUUUCUGGGAAUGGGGCUUAGURUGGCACAGGCCAGAGACCAGGGAGUAAAUGGUCUGCAAGUCCCUUCUGACUUGGGUCUGGUAACAGGUCUGCCAUCUUGUUAUUGCCUUCAGUAGGAAUUUAAUAAGAUACCCAGAAAUGGGGUGGUCUCUGCCCCUGAAAGCAUACUUUCCAUGGGAGGGCUGGGCCUAGGGCACCCUUUCACCUGGCAGCCUCUGAGCAUCCUCCUGUCCCCAUAACCCACUUCAUGACACUCUGGGCAUCAGGAGCUGGACUUGUGACCCUCAGAGGGAUGCCUURUCCCUAGACCCUGUUACAUAGCGAAGUGGUGCAGAGGCCACUUUAGUGGCACACAAAGGUGGGGGUCAUCCCAGAGCCUGUCUUAUCAUGGAAGGGAGGCCUUGUGUCAGUUGAAGACUGAGGCUAUAGGCCACAGCCCUCAGACCUUCGAGUCACGGUGCCCAACAAGGUGGUUGCUUGGGAAGUACCUGUGUGCCAAGAAGGGCAGGGGCGGGCGGUCCAGGCCUGUGCUGUCCCUUCUGCAUUAGCAAACUGCUGGUUAAGUGGGGGCUGCUCUGUCCUGGCUGGUUCCCCUCCCAGUGGAAGCCUACAGACGGCAUCUCUGUGGCCUCCCCAGGACAGUGACUAGUGGGUGAAAACCUGGGGGAGGUCGUUGGAGCUCUCUGGACUCUCUCACUGUAUGGGCUCCUGCACUCCCCCCAGCCCCUCAGUCAGCAGGUCCUGACCUAGGAGAUYGGGCAUGCCCCACAGCCACUUGUGAGCUUGCCUUCCCUCUUCUGCCCACACCCAUGGAAACUACUGAAACAGCAGGAGCAUGCCAUCCCUG